AUGCCGCCGACUGAUGAAGACAUUGCUUGGUUUCGCUCUACGUUUCAUCCCAUCCCUAAGCCCGCGCUCCCCGACGACUGCAUCGAAUACUCCCUCUACAUAAUAUCCCCCUCACUCGAUACGACCAACGAGUUCGAACCCCGACUGCGCCUCCGCGAGGUACAGAAGUAUGCAACCGAUCUCCACCGGCAGUAUUUGAAGGAUUAUAUCUGGCAGCGUCAGGGCUUCUCUCUGGAGAUAAGCAAAGAGGAUGGCCUAAGUUUUCUGCGCGGUACAACCGAGUAUGGCGAUUCAGUGGAAGAUGAAUGGGUGAUUGUCUGGCUCCUCCGAGAGCUGACGAGAAAAUUCCCGGAUCUCUGGGUCAAAGUCACGGAUAGUGAUGGCGAAUUCCUUCUCAUUGAGGCUUCGGGCACUUUGCCUUCCUGGUUGGAGCCUGAUGUGGCCGAGAACCGUGUAUGGAUCAACAAUGGACAAUUGAAGAUUAUCAAACCGGCCAGUGGUGCAAGGACCUCAAAACGAACAGAGGAGAAGCUGUCUCUUCCGGAGGCGAGAGAUAUACUGUCGCAAGACCCGAGAAGGUUGAUGCAUUCGACAGGAAUGGAGGAAGAAGCCUUCUUCCGACUCAGGAAUUACCCUGCACAGAUUGCAGAGAAUAUGCACCACGCAAUCAUCACUCUCCCGCGGAAGGUGGCGUAUCUACUCCACCAGAAACCAGCCUACAUCGCGCCGACUGCCGAAGCAUUCUAUCUCCGAGACCCCAUUGCCUUGAAGCCACUACAAAGCAAGGAGCACAAAAACAACAUGAUUCUCAAGCCGGAGGAUUUUGUGAAUGUCAGUGUCAAGUUCCCUCGGGUAGCAUAUGCACAAUUAAAGUCACAGGAUUUCCCACCGCCUGCUGUCUUCACCGGGGCCAUGCCGUCCCGGACAGAUGCGAAGGCAUACGUUCGAGUGGAGACCGGGAUGAAAGUGACUUGCGGCAUGGAGAUGUUGUUGACGGAUUCGCAAUAUCAGGAUCGACCUCAAGUCAGAGAAAUGAAGAUGCUGCUGGAUGACCUAGCAUCGGGCGACGAAGCACUGCCCUCUGAUGCUGACGUUGACAAUUGGGAGCAGCGAGAUGACGACGAGAAGUGGCUUGAUAUUAGCUUCGACGACUUGGAGAAAGAGCUCGCUGGCCGGAAGGGACAGGCCGAGAAGAGCAAGAAGCCCGGUUUCGGAGACAAAGCCGCUCAAGAGAAUCUACAGAGGAUUGUGAAACAGUUUGAGGAGUUCCUGAAUGAUGAGCAGGCCGGGCCCGAAGGGGCUGGCUUCUUUGACGAGGACAGUGAUGAGGACGUGGCCGACGACGAUGAUGAUGACGACGACGACAUUGAUGAAGAUAAAGACGCCAGUUUCGGGGAAGAUGAAUUCACCAAAAUGAUGCAGGAAAUGAUGGGGAUACCACCCGAGGUGAUGAAGGAGAUGAUGACGGGCAAACUUGGGCCCAGUGCACAGGAUCCCGCCAAUCGGUCCGGACUGCGUCCGCCACCUGAUGAUAUGGGGCACGUUGAAGAAUUGGGAACGUCAGGCUCCGAGGCAGAUGAAGAAGAGAUGCAGAACUUCAUGAAGCAGAUGGAAGCGGAACUUCGAGGGACAGGUGUCUUGAAUCUCAAUUCCUCGUCCAAACAGGCCGCUGGCAAGGAUCCGGCAAUCAAGGGUUCAGUGCACACUGACGAUGAUGAGGUUGAGGAGUUGUCCUCUGACGACGACGACAUCGACAAUGAGAUCGACGUCAAUCUCGCCAAGAAUCUACUGGAGAGUCUCAGGUCGCAAGCCGGGGUACCUGGCCCUGGAGGGAAUCUCAUGGGCAUGAUGGGCCUCGGGCUGCCGAGGCACGAGCCAGAUGAGGACGACAGUGAUGGAGGACAGCCUGGGCCGAGUGGAACCGCCAGAAGUGGUGGGAGCAGACCGGAAGGCUCCAAAGGACGAUAA